UUUCCAUUUGUUUUUCAUUAUAGAUUCAUCCAUCAAGUUGACGUAUCGUUAAAUCUUAUCGCUGCGAAUAGAUCCAUCAUUCUUAUUUCGAAUAGUUUACACUUUACCGCUCUGGUACUUUUCUAUCGGUAGCUCCGAAGACAAAUCUGAAAUGCUUAUAGACGAGCAGACGUAUACUCUUAUAGACAAUGGGCCUCAUUGAAGGGGGUCGACGAGUAACUCUUGUCAACGUGAGAGCUUCAGGUUGUCGCAAUCGGUAGUCGGUUGGCCCUCGACCUCUCUCAAUCUCCCUCUCUAGUUAUCUGGCACUCCUACAUUUUUACUCUUCCUUUCGUCGUUCUUUUCAAUCGAACCGACGCAUUGCUGUCGAAUUGACUGUUCACGAGGAAUCACAUUUCCUGCCACCUUCUAUUCCCACAUACAACAUCGGAAAAGAUCCCAGAUAACAAAACUCUAUCGUCACCAUCUAUCUUUAGCAUCUCUCUCAUUUCCGCUCUUCACCCUCGUCUUAUCCUGAAUUUUGUUUUUGUCCAAAAAUGACCUUUCCUCUUCUUGUUCCUUUCGCAUAUUAGACGCUGAAGGCUCUUCGUCUUCCUUCCUCGUCCUCGGCUACCUCUCUACUUCCUCCCACGAACAAUCCGUAUGGUAGCAGCGACACCGACGAACCAACGACACGGACGAAGUGUACACGAAUCCCCCACUAUUCUUUACGGAUGACCUCCCUGGUCGCGUUCGAACAGCUUCGCAGGGAUAAAUGUACACUUGACGUCGGCCACGAGGCUUUUAGUGUCGGCAGAACGAAACUGCCGCUCGUGUUAGUCGUGCUCGAUCGGUGGAACGGAAUUUCGUACGAGGGCGACAACGACGUCGGUGACGAGUCGUUGCGUGUGCCUGCGAUCGAUAGACGAGCGUGUAUGAUCGUCGACGGGGGUUGAGAUCAAUACGAUUUUCGACGCACAUGGAGCACGCGUUCGGUAGAACCGGCAGAGUGUCGGAUGUGGACCGCGCAGGUCGAAGUUUUAUAUGGGCAGCGUUCAUACUAUGCCUGUUAUCAGCGGUUUCGGGUCAAUUGGACUUGCCACCAUACAGAGACACCGACAUUCCUGACGGCCAAGGACGGCAACUUCCCUCCAAUGAAUUGGAUUUUCGUAAUAUCCUAGCCAGAUUAGAAUUUCUCGGUGCGGAAAGAUGUAGCGCUAACGUCGCCGCGCAAUGGGCAUACGAAACCGAUGUUAAUGAAUACACGCAGCUACAAGCGUUGGAGGCCCAACGGCUCUACGCGGACUUUCAGAACCAAGCCUGGCAUUUAAUCUCGAGAAUCGACCGGAACGCGAUCCGAGAUCCCACGAUCAGACGACGUCUCAGGUAUUUGUCGGUCGUGGGUCCCUCGGCGCUAAGUCCCGAUCAGUUAGACAGGUACAAUCGGCUGAUCAAUGACAUGCUCGCUGUUUACAAUGGUGCGACGAUAUGCGCUUACAACGAUCCCUUCCGAUGCGGACUGCGCUUAUAUCCAGACAUAUCGCAAAUCAUGGCGAAAAGCCGAGACUGGGACGAAUUGCAAUACGUUUGGACCGAGUGGAGAAGACGAAGCGGUGCACCGAUUAGAGAUCUCUAUCAGCAACUCGUUACGUUGAACAAUGAAGCGGCAAGAUUGAACAACUUUACCGACGCCGCCGAAUAUUGGAUGUUCCCUUAUGAGUCUCCUAAUUUCCAACAGGACAUCGACGAAGCUUGGGAAAUGAUUCGUCCGCUUUACGAAGAACUGCACGCUUAUGUUCGCAGGAAAUUACGAGAUCUAUAUGGUCCCGAAAAAAUAGGCGGUCACGCGCCUCUUCCGUCCCACAUCCUCGGCAACGUGUGGGGACAAUCUUGGAGCAAUCUUUUGGACGUUACUUUACCAUACCCUGGAAAAACACAUCUCGACGUCACUCAGGAGAUGCAAGCUCAAGGUUACACACCAAUCGAUAUGUUCCGAGUCGCCCAAGAUUUCUACCUAUCCAUGAACUUAAGCGCUAUGCCGCCGGAAUUCUGGGCCGGUAGUAUAAUCGUCGAUCCUGGCAACCGCCCGCUUAUCUGCCAAGCCUCCGCGUGGGACUUCUGCAACCGUUUGGAUUAUAGGAUUAAAAUGUGCACGAAAGUGACAAUGAAGGAUCUGAUAACUGUACACCACGAGAUGGCACAUAUCCAAUAUUUCUUGCGAUACAGCGGCCUGCCUCGCGAAUUUCGUGACGGCGCGAAUCCAGGAUUCCACGAAGCUGUCGGCGAGGCUGUCGCUUUGAGUGUCGCGACGCCGCGUCACCUGCAAACCUUGGACCUGGCGAACAAAUUCAUCGACGAACGCUCAGCGGACAUCAACUACCUCUUCUCUUUGGCGAUGGAUAAGCUGGUGAUGCUGCCUUUCAGUAUCGUGAUGGACAGGUGGCGAUGGGACGUCUUCCGCGGUUACGUGAACAGGGAGGAGUACAACUGCCAUUGGCACAGGUUGAUUGAACAAUACACUGGCACGAAGCCGCCGGUGCUGAGAUCCGAGGACGACUUCGACCCAGGCGCGAAGUAUCACAUCCCGGCCAAUAUUCCGUACAUUCGAAAUUUUGUGGCCGGGGUUCUUCAAUUCCAAUUUUAUCGUGCACUGUGCCAAGCGGCGGGACAGCGGGGCAACGUCGACGAUCCCAGGAGGCCGCUGCACAAGUGUGACUUCUAUAAAAGUCCCGAGGCCGGCAGAAUUCUAGGGAACCUGAUGCAGAGAGGCUCGUCCAUUCCGUGGCAGGAGACGCUCCGAGAAGCCACCAACGAGUUCAGACUGGACGGGUCCGCUCUUCGGGAGUACUUCCGGCCGCUGGAGGAUUGGCUGAGGACGGAGAAUUUGCGGACGGGCGAAGUCGUCGGCUGGUCUUACGAUGGAGAUUUCUGCAAGAGAAGCAUAGAAACCGCGGGCUUGCAGGUCUACGGGAGCGGCUUCUACAGUGGCGCGACGUCGAUCCACGCGUUUUGUGUCGCGACAGGUGUCCUCGCGAUGACCCUUUGGAUCGUCUCGAUGUUCUAUUGAGCGCGAUUACUUAGAGAAGUGAUCGAUAGGCCGUCGAAAACACCAUCGAAAAUCGAUGUAACGACGCGUCCCGUCGCGAAAACGCGCGGAAACGUGCGUCUCGCUCUCCCUGCGACGCGCUCGACGAGAAGCUCGUUAACGUUAAUCUGCCAGAAUAUGCCAAAUCGCAAUCGUAUUCCUACGGGAUCGUAAUGUCGUCGAGUAAAAAAAUAGUCAGACCGUCUAUUCAAGUACGCAUACAUGAAAAAAGAAAAAAAUCGAAUCAAUGAAAUUUUCGACAGCACGCGUAAUUGAAGCGGGUCUUCUUGAUUCAACGCCGGUAUCGUUGAAACUAUUAAAUUAAACAUUGAACUAAUAUUUUAAUUAUUUUUCUUAUUUAUAUUUCAAAUUAUUAUUUAAUUAUUGGAAUAAUACGUAAUGUAGUAAUUUUAACGAUAUUUGCCGUUGGCUCGAACAGAUUUAAUCGCGCGGUGGUUUUUGGAAAUCUUAUUGAUUCGACAGAUUUUUUUUCCCCCAUAUAGUCACAGAACGGUUGGUAACGAAAUGACGAUCGUUACCGCCGCAACGAGUACGCUAAAGUGCACCCUUGCGUAGUGCGAGCCGCACAUUUCGCGCGAUGUGAAGGUGUAUGUACGUAUCCCGCCUCGACUAUACGCACUGUUAAUUUAAUGUGUAUCCACGAAAUACAAUAGACGUAGAGAGACGUUUACGAUUAAGAUUAAUUACGAUUAUUUACAUGAAGUAUCUGUAUAAAAAUAUGUUGUAUGUUUCGCGUGAAUGUGUAAGCGCGUACAAAUCAUUUUAUACACACUCAGAGACAGGCAGUUCACACAUAUAUUUGCGUAUUAUAUACAUGUAAUUCACAUUCUGCGAUUAUUAACUCUUUACCAUUGGUGUACGAAAUAAACUUAACGCCUUUGUUGUAAA